GCCUCGCCUCAAUAUAGACAGCUCAAAUAAUGUUUCGUUAAUGUAGGGGCUCACACCACCUUUAAUCGGCUCCAACAACAAUCGCCUCGCCAUGGCAGCGUCGCCACCAACGUACAGGGUCUUCCGCGACCAGCACGGGAUCCCGCAAUUCGAGCCCAAGAGAGGCACACAGGCGUUGAAAGAUGCGUUAAUAUACACGUUUCCAAGCUUAGAGACAGAACUGCAGCUCAUGCAGGCGGCAUUGAGGAACUUCUUCGACUCCGAGCGGGGCACGCAAUUCGUUUGUGAGCUGCCUGAAAACAACCUGCAAGCCAGCCUUGCAAAGAAGAGAGACGUCCCAGUGUCGCCUGUACAAGCUACCAAGGCAUCUCUGAGGAGUUGGAAGGCUCCUGGAGUACAACGUACGCCAUCUCAGCCAUCAUCACGAGCUUCGUCCCGGGCGUCGUCGCGGGGCCGUUCUAGAGCGUCCUCUCGAACACCGUCUCGAGCUGAGAACCCGCGAGCUGAGAACGCAACUCCAAACCUAGAGCCAUUAGUCGAAAUCCGUACAGGUGGAAUUAUGACGACGUGGAAUCUGUCGAAUGGGCAGGAACUGGAGAAACGAAAGAGGCAGCCAUAUGACCCAAUCAAACGUCGGAAAGUGGCGGAGAAUAGAGGCAAUGCCUGCGACAAGCAUCGCGCUUCGAAGACAGCUUGCGAUCCGGAUGAAUGCCCCCAAAACAAGAUCCACGCAAAGUCAACAGAUGGCAGUCCAAAAGAAGUACGCACAUUGAGGGGCAGAGCAUCCCAAGCCAGUCUACCUCGACCCAAGCCCGUCACAAAGGCUAGUAUAUGUGACACAGAUGAUGGGAAAAUCGCAAGAACUGGAACAGAUGAUAUUCGCCUCGAUGCAAGCCAUGCUGAAUACGUCCCCAUUCCGGCCGCGCCAGAGGUAUUCUGGGAUGCAUUCGAGCAAGAGGCUUUGGCCUUGCACGCAAAACACUCAGUGUCGAGCUUUGGAGAUCUGGCUAGCAACAACGACUCUGGGUACUGGACAGACAGCGAUCAAGUUGGUGCCAUUCCGUGGAAUUCAUACAGUCACUACCCCGCCUUUCCAGAACCACUUGAGGGCAAUCAUUUUUCUCCUGGACUCGACACUGGAGAUGACAUCGAGGCAUUUCCGGGCCUCAAGACACAUGCUCUUGCGUCCAAUAUCGUCGACUCAAAUUUGAGGAACUCGAGUAUAGCUGACGCACAGGGCCUUCGGUUUCCGCCUCACCAAGAAUCUCCGGCACUGUCCGAUGAGACUUCAGAUCAAACAUACACCGCAUUAUCACUUGACGGCCCCGCGCAGAUCCGGUCACAACCAUCCCCUGGCCACUCCGAGGAAGCAUUAAUGUGCAGUGAUGAUCCAUUCAUGGGCUGGGCAAGCAAGAAAGCAAAUCAUCUAUUCGACGACUACGGUUGGGUCUUAUCUCAUGUGGAGAACCUGUAGACUUAGAGGCAGAUAGAAGCACUAUAAAGAGGGAUCGUGC